CAGAAAAUGGAAUGUAAAGAAGGAAAGCGACAAAAAAGACCUACUAUUGAAUACUACCGUAUACCUGCAUCAAGAUCUAGUCGCACUGUUGCGUUAAAAGAGUCUGAUGAUGACAACAAUAACAUCAAUGACCUGGUCAUUAGAGUCAACAGAAAUCUCUUUGAGAACACAAAUGAUAAUUGUAUAAAUAGAAAUAUCAGGAAAAAUCAAGAUAUUCCAGAAAAGCAUGUUCAAAGCAAUAGACAACAUAGCAAUGACCAGAGGGCAGAAAAAGACUUAGAUCAUGGUCAUAAAAGUGUUAGCAACAUCAGCUCCGAUGAAUCACCAACAAAAGCAUCCACACCACACAGACAGAUUAGUGUUGAUUUAAGUUCUUUAAAGAAUGUAGUACAUAGACAUAUUAAUGUAGAAAUAUUAAGUCACAGGUUACAAAGACAGAUACGAGUAAAUAAGUUUUUAUCAUUUCACAAACCAUCAGAAGUCAGGGUACUUUUCAAAGCUUACAGAAAUCAAGAAUGUUCCAAAGAGGAAUACUUGAACAUUUUAAAGAUUAUCUUGAAAGAUGUAUUGACUGGCAGAGAUAUAUUACUUGGUGCAGAAUUCUGCAGUAUUUUGUUGAAGAAAGAUGUUUGCAAAGAAAAGGGUGAGAGACUUUGUAUCCAGACACUUCUAAUUGGACUAGAAGAUCUGGUAAGGGAUUACACAAAUCCUUGUGUCAGUGAAGAAAUAUGGAAGAAGUUUAUGACUUUCUUAGUAGAACUUUUCUUUCUUAUUGAGGAAGAAAUCAGCAUUUGUUCUCUUUAUUUGCUACCAUUGAUAUCACAUGCUUUAAUAUUACUAAAUCAUUAUAGUAGAUUUUUAUAA